AAAUAAAACCCGAACAGAAAUUUCAGUGAAUCGGAGCUUUGCCUUUCAUCAAUGGCGGAAGUCUCUGAAAUUACCAAAUCAGAAGUAUCUGAACAACAUGAUCCACAAUCGACCUUCGAUCCAAAAUCAAUGCGAAAGACUAAACCUGGCCUUAAGCGCCUAGUCCUCACCAUUUCAGUGCUCUUCUCCUUCGUACUAGGUUUCCCAUUGCUAUGGAAAUCAGUGGAAAUCUACCGUGCACCUCUACCGUUCCGCGAAAUCGACCACCUCUCGGCUCAGCUAGAUUCCACUCCAUUACAAUUUCCCUGUCACUUUCAGGCUAUCUUCAUCGGUUUCGAAUUCAAAUCUUCUGAGGACCUGGAGACCUCACUUCUCGAUCGAAUGUACAAAUUGGGUUCAGGAACUCCAGAAUGUGGUACGUGUGGCACUAACUAUACUGUCUCAGUAGUUGUUGACUCCGGUUCCCACUGUAUCCAAUCACCAACCAGUAAAUCAUCGUGCCCAUGGAGGUGUGGUGCCUUAAGUAACGUUGAUUUUGGUGGUGGUGAUGAUGAGGCUGUUGAUGAGUCGUUAGAGUCUGCUUUGGGCGGUUGUUCCGAGCUUGCCCGAGGCGGGAAGGUCUAUACUGUGGUGUUGGUGAGUAGAGAUGAGGAUGUUAGAGCUGUCACCGGAAAGUAUAGGCACGCUUGGAUUUCCGGGAAGGUUUCUGAGACGGCGGCAUUGUCUCGAGUGGCGGAGAUUUUUGUUAAAGUGUUUGUUAAUGGUGGAAAAGAAGAAGGUUCGAUUCAUGGGGAGUUUAUGCCUGUUGGUGCUGAUGGAAAGAUUGUGCUUUCCUUCAAUUUGCUAAAUUCUGAUCCAAGAGAUGGGGUCUAUGAUUGGGAUUUUCGAAGUGUGGAAGAGAUUCUCUUGGCCCCUGUAAUCGAUGCUCUAAGACCUAUUGCCAACAUAAGCGUAGAAAGUCAAGUUUUAUACCACACACCAAAGUCCUCAUUUUCUUACUGGGAUGACAAGUGGAGCAGCUUCAUUUUUAGUACCAAGGAUCUUCCUUUCUUUGUGAAUUCAAAUGAGUGGCACUUGGAUACUUCCAUUGCAGCUGGUGGGAGAUCAAAGAUAUUACACUUUGUGGUAUAUAUUCCUUCGGCAAAGGAGUGCCCCCUUCUCCUACAGCUUGAAAAUGGAGAGAUUUCUAAGACAAAUGGUUUCAUUUCCCCGAUGUGGGGAGGAGUCACUGUUUGGAACCCUAAAGGAUGUGGGAAAGUUUUGAGAAGUAAGCAUCCAGUCAUUCAUACAAUUUCACAACAGGAUCUUCAGAAAGUUAUUGAAGUUUUCAUGGGGCAAUUAAGGCAACUUUUUGGUCUCAAAUCUGACAACCACUUUUUUGGCUCUUCUGGCAUAUCCAACCUAUUAACUAGUGAAAGAGGCUUCACAGUGUGGGAAUUGGAUGUCUUGUCGCGGCAACAUGCCUGUUUUAACCUUCGAUCAUGUGCUACCACCCUUGGAUCUCUUUCCAGACUGGUUCAGUCACUUCCUAGGAUGAUUAUUAUGGACGAGAUUGGUAAACAGGUAGCGUAUUCUCUGGAGGCAGCAAAACUGACUCAAAAUAAUGCUUCUCUUGGUAUUUAUGAUGCUUCUGCUGUGGCAUCUGGACAAGCAAGAUCUCUGGCAGAGGACGCCUUUUUUCACCCAUCGAUCAUGUCCGUUAGCUACUACUCAUUCGAGCACUGUUUUGCUGUCUACUCGCCAUUUUUUCUGCCAGUUGCCAUGCAUGUUAUCUUGGCAGCUUUAAGAGAGUGGAGAAGAUACAAGCAAGAAAACAACAAGUACUUGGCAUGGAAGAAGAUCGAAGUAAUCAAAGCAUCUUAUUAAAAAGGGUUUUUAGCCCAAAGAAUAUUUGUCAGUUUUGAUAGUUUAUUUUUCUGUAGAUUAAACUAACUUCACAAUUGUGCCAACUAAUUUGUUCAUUAGGAGCCAGCCACUGGUUUCAUUUAUACAUGUUUUGGAUUGAUUUGAGUUAGCUUUUAAGACAAUCUCCAAUCCAAUGGUUGUACAACUUAGAUAUAUUAUUUGCUUCAAUUUACUUAAAUUAUGCUCCAAUAAAAAAUUAAUAUUAAAUAUAUUAAAAAAUUCUUAUUAUUAUUAUUACAAAAGGAAUUUCAUUAAAAUUCGAAAUAGCUCGAUUAGCACGGGGGAGAAACACAAAAAAAUAAAUAUUAUAAUAAAAUAACUAAAUAAAACAAUAAAUAAAUGAGAAGAAUUAUUAUAAUAAAAUAAACAAAAUAGCAUAAAUAUAAAUAAAAAAAAAUUGUUCAUUUAUUAUUUUUCUUAAGGAAAAGUAAAUUUUUCUCAAGGAUAGUUCUUACAUUUUUUACUAAUUUUACAUCACCCAUAUUCACUUUCAUUGAAGAUGCUAUAAUAUGUCAACAACUAUGAACCAAAUACCAUAUUUGUGAUCUCACAUUUGGGUGUUUGGAAAAAAAAUGGUAAUUUCAGCACAAUUCACAAUUGUAUAUUGCAUUAUAACAUUAUAUUUUAUAUCAUUAUAUGCUUGAAUUUGAAUAUAAGGAAAAUGGUAUCCACAGGCAACGAGCAGUAUAAUAUAUAAUAUAAAUAAAUGACAAAAUUAAUAUUCCUACUAAUUCAAAUUUACUAAAUUGCAACGACCAUUGGGGUUUGAUACCAAUUCCUAACUCCUUAGAGCCAAUUUAAUCAAUACAACCAAGGUCUUUGAAGACACAAAAAAAGUAAAGAAGCUAUCUGAAAGCUGAUCUUAAUCAGAACAAACACAAACAUCUGAAGUGCAU